GAUUGGGUCAAUCUCAUUCACUUAACCAUGGUCUGGAUGCUUUACCACCUCACCUUUACACUAUGUUUAAAAUAUUCCUCCCACUUAUCACUCCGCCAAAAGUCCUGCCACGCAUUGCCAUAUAUCGGUUUCUUAUUCGUGUCCAUUAUUCCGGCAGUCUUGAUAGUCUUGAUCACAAACAGAAAACAAGAUCCCCACAAUAAGCAGGAUGAAUUUCUGUUCGCCUUGCUGAGUGGUGUCCAUUUCAUGUUACUAAAUCCAUUCACGACACUCCUUACUCUGGGCUCAGUGUUCUGUCAGGCAGCAAAGCUCAGGAAAGGUCAGCCGCCUCAGCGAGCAUUGAGUCCAGUAGGACUUGCGGCACAAGCAGGAGUGUUCUCAGUUCUGGCUAUCACUUGGCCUUUGCGGGUGACAUAUCUCGGCUCUAGUUGGGAUAUCUACACAUCAUGGUUUACGAUCUAUAACUGGUAUAUCUUCGUCGGUUGGCCGGCCGUGGACAAUGGGGUCUUUGCUCUAGUCCAGGCAUCUCUGUUGUGGGUGGCAUGGAAAAAUCAGCAUUGCCAGUUGACUCCGGAAGAUGAGAACGAGCUGCUACUUGCGGGUAGUGAUAACGUCUAA